UAAGUAUAUUGCUGGCCAUAGAAUAACAGUUAAAUUCGCUUUGUUUGACCAUGCAGAGGGUUUUAAUCGUGUUGUCGAUUUGUUUUAAAAUAUCUUUCUCUGAUUCAACUAGACAUUUUAUUUCCUGUGGGCCUACAAGUUGCGACAACGUAGGCUACGAAUCAUGCGUUCGUCCGCCGGAAGUACGCACGGAGGCGGGCUCUCUUUGCUAUUCUUGCGAGGAUCUGACUCGUUACGGAGACCCUUGUGACCCCGCGGACACCAGACAGGGCUGUGUAUUGUACUGCAUAGAUAAGGCAGUGGAGAAAAAAGAGCAAAUAUGGAACCAGUCGCAAGAAUCUCAGAACCGAAUAUGGCAGCAUCUCGUCUUGGAAAAGGACAACACCAUAUCUCUGUUACGGAAAAAUGCAACUGAACAGGCGUUGAAAAUGGAAGAUGCAAACAAAACAAUUCAGCUGUAUUUUUGGCUCUUCGUAGCAACAAUAUUGAUUCUUUGUUUGACAAUGACUAUUCUGGCAUUAGUACUGUGUGCUUACUGCUGCAAGAAGGGUGAUUACAGACCAGUGGACGAUUCUGAAUCAAGUUCAAUAGACUCGACAGCUUACUCGAAAAAAGUGUCUUACACAGAAGAACCCAAGAGCAACCAUGAACCAAACAGUAGUUGUUCAGUUGAGGUAACACACAUUAUGAACUCGGACUCUCAAGUUAUUAUGCAGGAAACACAUCCAAUAGAAUGUCGCGACGGUCGACUCAGUAAUGUUGCUCCACAACAGGAGGACAGCGGGGAAAUGUGUACAGGAUCAAGUUGAACGUAGCCCAAAAAACCCGAAACAACGGAAACGCUCGAAAUAAAACUGGACUUAAAAAAAGCAAGUUAUGUGUUCAUAAAAUUUUAAUUAAUGGACAUUACAUACGCCUGUCAACUAUAGUAAUGUAGCGAAAUGUGUGGGUGUUAAAGAGGAUAAUGUUCCAUUUAAAUUAAAGGGACUUGAUCACAUAUGUUUUGGCAUUUCUGAAGAUCACUUUGAAUUCUUCAACUUUAUAGAAUGAACGGAAUCGGACAGCUCAAAUUAGAAACAAUGCAAUUAUUUUACUUUGAAAUAGACUUUUGAAAAUACUCGCGGGUAUUCGAACCGGAUGUCUAAAUGUCUAUUUCAAAGUGUCAUUUUGCCUAAUUGUGUACACUGUUCUUUUAAUCUGUUAGUAAGUCCCUUUAUGGUCGGAUGAACGUACUGUACAGCUGCACAUGCAAACAAAAAUGUAGUCAUAGAACAUGUUUACUUAAAGUUGAUGCGCAAUCUUUGUCCACUGGAAGCUGACCAAUCUUAAAUGCAAACGGACAAUUCGAGGUUUAUAAAAAUGUACCUUAUUCACGCACGUUGGAAAGCAAAUGUAAGGGUACAUGCCCAACACCAAAAUGGAUAUUAUCAUCGUUACUUUGUUUGUGGAAAUCUAGUGUGCAAACGAGCUUUUACCAGCAUAGGAUGAUCGAAAUUAUUCAGUACAUUGCAUUGUAUGCAUGUGUACACGUUAAUUAAGCUAUACGGACAUUGAGGUAGUCAUAUUAAAUAAUGGUUGCAAAAAC